UAAGAGUGGCAUAAUGGUAGCUCUGUAUCUUGCACUCAACCUUAGUAACUUUAGUGUUCGUCUAUAAAGAAAGUUCUCUUUGCACCUGAGAGAAAUGAGUAAUCAAGAGGUGGUCACCCUAAACGUGGGGGGCAUGAAGUUCAGUACUCUUUCUUCAACCCUCCUGCGGUUUCCAGAGUCCAGAUUUGCGCACAUGGUAGAUGGCAGCGAUAGAGAGUUCAGAAUGGUAAAUGGACACUGUUUUAUAGACAGAGAUGGGACUCUCUUCAGCUACAUCCUGGAUUAUCUGCGGACUUCUCAGCUGUCGCUGCCAUCGGAUUUCAGUGAUUACGAGAAACUGCAGAGAGAAGCAGAAUUUUAUCAGCUCCCUAACCUGUCAGAGCAACUGAGCCAGGACAGCGUGUUUCGUCCUAGGUUGGAAAUCCUAGAAGUUCGCUUUGUGGUGCAGGAAACCCAUGCAUUUUUCCGCCUUUUUUGCUCUUGUAACAGCACAAUCGAGACGCUGGCGGACAGAAUACUAAUGUUUGCAGAGCAGCCGCUGGGGGGACAAGGCUGGAACUUCCCCUUCUCUUCUCAGAAGCCUCUGGUCCCUGUCCCUCUGCAGAGACCUUCGCACCAUGACCUGGUGUUUCAGUGUGGAACAGACUUCUCCGCUGGAGAGCAGUUUGGAGCCAGGUACGUGUCUAUAAAGCCUGACCAAAGAAAACUCAUAAAUGGAACCAAUGUCCUUGGACUUCUACUAGACAUUCUACUAAAAGAAGGGUUCUGUCUGAUAAGCACCAGGUCUGGAUCAGCUGAAGAAAAAGUGGAAUGUUAUACAUUUGAGCGAAAGAAGAGGCCAGAAGUCCUCACUAUUAACGAAGCUCACAAAUCAGAAAAAUAUGUUACAGUCCAAGUUAAACAAUCAAAAUCAAACAAAAAAAGAUGA